AAAUAUAUUUUGGGAGGGGCAAUUACAAUUGCAGUGAAGCUCCUAAUCGCUAGGACGAUGAAUGAGUUUAAUGCCAGAAUCUACCAUCAGUAUCCCUCAAAAUGAUGAACCCUAUCCAAUAUGUAUUUAUUGGACUGCUUCUUUGUUCGUUUAUUUCGCAAAAUGAUGUAGGACCUACGGUCAAACAUGUACUUGAGUACAUGUACACACGCUUCAAUUCCUCCCACUUUGAAGUCGCUGGGUUGUUGGAUGGAGAACUGGUGGACUUCUACAGCAGUGCCCUCAAGUCCCCUGUACCCAAAAAAAGCUGGAAUGAAGAAAAUACAAGCUUUGGAUAUAAUGACUGGCAAGAAAUUCUUUCAGCUCGACAGGAAGUUAAUACGUACUUUUUAUCCAGUGCUGUAGACCUGAGGAGGCACUUUGUAAAACAUCCCUUAAGUGGGGAUAUUGUGCAGAUGAAACUUGGUUGUACUGUGGAUAUAACCAUCAUUGAAAGCAAAAAAACAGAGAAAGUCGUUGGCUUUGCUGAGUUUGCCUAUGAUGGAAACACAGUGCUGUUCCUCAGUGAUAACUCAAGUAUAUGGAUCCCAAAAGAUGAAUAUGCUCAUGAUAUUCAUGAUAUCGUACACAAAUGGAACACGCAAAGCAUGAAAGACCACUUAACCAACUUUGUGAAUGUGGACUGUCCAGUGGCACUUGAUCGUUUCCGAUUAUUAGAGCGCACAAACUCAUCUGCUCCAAAGGUCUACACUGUCCCUGGUGGCUCUUUGAAACCUGGGUUGAUCAACCUGACUUGUUUAAUUACCGGAUCCUAUCCAAAGUCGUCACCCAUUGAGAUGAACCUGUUUAGGGACAACAUCCUCCUAACAGAGAUGGAGGGUGUCCAUUCAUCAGGAGUCAGACCUAACGAAGACCACACCUACCAGCUGAGGAAGACGGUGAGGAUCGACACCUCCGAGUCUGUCGUUUAUCGAUGUGAUGUCAAUCAUAAAAGCUUCCCUAAACCCCGGAAUUACACUUGGGAGGUGAAAAAACAAGAGGGAUCAAAUAUUCAAAUUUACAUUGGACUAUGCAUAGUGUUGCUUUUCCUACUGUUUUUCAAAAACAGAUGUAGAUCUGAGCCUAAUAAACAUUUGGCUGCUAAUCCUGGAGAGAAUGCUGCCCUGGGAGUUCAAGAUGGAGGGAGUUUGAUUGAUCAAGGAGGUGAUGCCACUUCUGUCGAUCUGUCCACUGAGAGAGAAGUUCUUUCAAAUGCACCCGAUGAUGAAGGUGAAAACGAUGAAGCCUAUGGAAGUUGUGGAAGCUCUGAUUCAGACCUGUCACAGAUUCAAAUAACCUAAUUGGAAUUCAACACAGACCCAGCUGACAACUAGUACAGGGUCUUAAGUAGGUACUUUGAAACACUCUUAUCCGAUUGUCAAUUUCCAAGCGUUUUACGUGCCAACUGAAGAAAACACAGAGUUUAUAAUUAUGCAUUACCUCUGCCUGGGAUCAAGUUACCAGAGGUACCUGACUACAAGAGGAGACGCUCAACGCUAACAUGGACUGACACACAAUACAGUAAAGAAUACUGAGGAAAUGAAGGGCUUGUUAGAGACAUUUCCAUGUGUCCUGAUCGUUGUCUGGCUGUUAUCACAGCUCAUUACUAAGAUGGUGAUAUAUAUGUUAUGGUGAUAGAUAUUUUACUAUGUAUUUGUAAUGUUUCUGUAAAGCAGGCUAGUUACGUCCUGUGUGGCUCAGUUGGUAGAGCAUGACACUUGCAAUGCCAGGGUUGUGGGUUCUAUUCCCAUGGGGGAGCAUUAUGAAGUAUGAAAAUAUAUGCACUUUCAUCUGUAAGACGCUCUUAUUUUUUUUAAAGUCAUGCUGUAAUUGUCCCAAACUUCUUCAACUUGGGGACAGCUCAGGGAUCAAGUAUCAAAAAUAGAAGUUACAAUUUUCUACUUUUUCAUGUACUGUAUUGUUAAGAUAUUUUAUCAAGGUUGAAGAUAAAUGAUUAAAUAAUUCUACCCAGAAACUUAACCAUUAGGAUUAGAGGUUAUGUAGCAUGGACAAAGGGUCAUUGGAAAUGGUAACCAUUGUGGAUGAAGGAAUGUAUGUGUGUGUCUAAAGUAAGCAAAGAGAAUCAUUAACCUAUGUUUGAACCGACCCAGCUAUAACUCUGUGGACAUAAAAUAAGACAGCGAGAGCUCCUCUGGGUUUUCCGUAUCUGGGGGGGACUGGAACUGUCAGCUAAGUGGUAAUAAACUGGUGAGACUUCAGGAGAUUAUCCAGAUAUAGUGUGUGCGUUAGUGGGUUGGAAUGGACUUUUGAAGCUGCUUUGUCGGAGAAGAGGAGGGACAUCUAAAAACUAUGAUGAAAUGUGAGGUAUAUUAACCAAUGUACAUGGCAUUAUGACCAGCGCUCUCGAGAAUAAAUGCUAUUGGCUAAUUUCGGUUGA